ACAGUUGUAAUCACUGCAAUGAUAUAGUUUGAUGGUAAAAUAAGAAUUGGCAUCACUUGCAAAUUAGUGUACAUGAACAAAAAUCCGUACAGUUGACGUUCAGAGUCAAGAUGGCUGCCGGAUUCGGCAUUUGGGAAUUACGAUUACCUUCUUCACGAGCCGUUGAUGAAGAAGAUKACGAAGAAAAUGAAGUAMCAAAUGAAACUGAACUUGAUCUUGAUCCAUCUUGGCUUUGGUCAGAUGAAACGAAAARGCAAUUAAAAAAUCCUACUUCAAAGUUGGACUGUUCAGUUGUCAUUCUUACUGUUGGAGAAGUUCCUGCAACUUUUCUCGAAGCUCAUUUUCUUUGUGGAGGUAAUAGCGAUCUUGUAGGUGUAAUAACUGAAAACCACGAUAUUAGUGACUUUAGCUUGGCUAUGAAUCCUAAAAAUAAAGAAAGCGUUGGGCUAGUUCAUCGAUUAUCUCAAAACCAAGAUUGUUUCGUCAUUCAAUGUCGAACCCACGUGGARGAGAGGAAAGCGUUUUUCUGGACAAGAAAGAUCUUUGACAAUUUAAGGCCAGCUAAAGUCAUCAUAUUAACAUCGGCACCAGUUUGUGAAUACAUUACAUCAGACCCCCACCAGCUCCUCCCUGACUUUCUUAAGAUGCUACACACAUCAGGAUGGAGCAAGGACGGCAGACCAUGUGGAUACCUAGAGACACCUAAUACAGUCAGAGGAUUGGCUGCUUCUGUUCUUAGCCACUGUCACAUAUAUGAAAUACCAGCAGCACUGUAUGUUUGCUACACUGCAACAAGUCAGCUAGAUGUCCAGGCUGUUCAGGCAUUUGGGGAGCUCCUUGAAUCAAAAGAGUUUUCUGUUCUUAAAAAGUCAGCACAUCAAGACACAACUACAGUGCUAAAGUCACUUGGAAUAGGGAAAUCAUGUUACGAACACUUGUAUUUAUAGCUUGUUCCAUGGCAUGMUGUACAUAUAGAAAAGAGUGGAUAACAACUUUAAUAGCUCCACCAGCCUGGGUCCUCGACGUCUCAAAAGCUUGUAACGAAUCCUCCAGCUUAAAGUGAUGGGUGAUGAGAGGUUUGACGUUGAUUGAGCCUGAUGCAACCAUAGCGAGGGCAGCAGGAUAACUACAACAAAUCAAUGACAAUGAUGGAMUUCAGUUUGGAGUAUACAAUCACAGAACGCACAGUAUUAUCUGAUAGAAAAUUAUGCACCGAAGGGGAYCUUGGGGYCUGGUGCUCGAUGUCCAGACUCUGGAACCRACAUUGAAUAUUUUAAGCUACAAUUGUAGGUUGUGAAAACUAUUACAAAAGAUAAAUUAGAUGAAUUAAUCGAAAAUCAUUUAGAAUAUAUAUAAUUCUAAAACAAAACUUGUUGUCGAAAAGCGAUGUAUUUGAUGGGAUACUGAGGAGUGUUACAAUUUCCAUCAAUUUGAGAAAAAAAUUAAAAAAAUCAUCAAUACAGUAA